GAAGCCGCCCAUGCGGUGACGUCACACAGCUCUGACAACCUGGUGGUGCCGGAAGAAAAGAUGGCGGAUCAUGAGGAGCAGCUAUCCGACGAGGAAAAGGUACGCAUAGCCGCAAACUUUGUCAUCCACGCCCCACCAGGAGAGUUCAACGAAGUCUUCAACGAUGUGCGAUUGCUGCUCAACAAUGACAAUCUUCUCAGGGAAGGUGCAUCACAUGCAUUUGCACAGUACAACUUGGACCAGUUUACUCCAGUGAAAAUCGAGGGCUAUGAAGAACAGGUCUUAAUCACAGAGCAUGGUGAUCUUGGAAACGGCCGGGUCCUGGACCCCAAGAACAAGAUCUCCUUCAAGUUUGACCACCUGAGGAAGGAGGCCAGUGACCCACGGCCACACGAGGGCGAUAGCUCCCUGGAGGGAUGGAGGAGCUCCGUGGACUCUGCCGUCAGGGCCUACGUCAAGGAGCACUAUCCCAACGGAGUUUGCACCAUUUAUGGGAAAACUAUUGAUGGACAUCAAACCAUCAUUGUGUGCAUCGAGUGCCAUCAAUUUCAACCAAAAAAUUUCUGGAAUGGACGCUGGAGGUCAGAGUGGAAGUUCAUCAUCUCCCCCUCCUCCACUCAGGUGGCAGGGAUCAUGAAAAUCCAGGUUCAUUACUAUGAGGAUGGAAAUGUUCAGCUGGUCAGCCACAAAGAAGUCCAGGAGUCCAUGUCCAUCUCUAACGAGGCUGCAACUGCAAAGGAGUUUGUUAAGAUCAUGGAAGCUGCAGAGAACGACUAUCAGACGGCCAUCAACGAAAAUUACCAGACCAUGUCGGACACUACCUUCAAAGCCUUACGCCGCCAGCUUCCUGUGACGCGCACCAAGAUCGACUGGAACAAGAUCCUGAGCUACAAGAUCGGCAAGGAGAUGCAGAACGCCUAGACACAGCUCCGAGGAAAAACAGACCAGGACAACGAACAACGGUGCAUGACUGGAUAGUUGUUUUGUCUUUGUACAAAAAUAAAAUAAAAUUAGAGAUCCGGGGACAAAAAGUCAAAGGUUUGGUCUCAUGGUCAGACGUCACCUUACACAUUGGAUGUCCAAAUAUGUACAUGUUAUUUUGUUUGAUAUAGACACUGUAACUCCACUGUAUAUUAAAUAUAUGAUGAACAUCAUAUUUGGGGAAAACUGAAACUCGACAUAGGAAAUGAAGGGGUCACUCGUAUGCAAAACACCAUUUAAAAUGCAGUAUCGUGUGCAAUAUUUAUUGUCGGUGAGACCAAACUUUUUGUUUGACCUGCUAAAACAUAAAUCAUCUGGAGAAAUUUUGCAAUAUUUGGUGAAUUUGAUGUUUUUACUGAAGAGCUCAGAUAAAAGCGUUUAAAAAACGACUUCCUUUUCUCUUAACGGUUAACGUCCAAAACAGUCGACGGCAAUUAACGACUGGUGUUGAACGACUGGUAACUAUGGCAAAGUCACCUCUGUCAGUUGUCCUUGUUUCUUUAUUUUGGUACUUCCUCCAACGUCUGUCCUGUUUGUCAGAGCACCAGCUCACAGCGGAAUUAAACGCCUUUUUUUCUCUGUGUCCAUCUAACACGCUUGAUUAACACCACCGUCCGUCGCUAAGUCACAUGCAUAAUGUACAAUUUACAAUAAAAUCACAAAAAGUAUCACAUCCUCCUCCAGUGCUUAUUUUUAUUAAAAAACAACCCGUCUGUAUUAUAUAACAAGGCAUAUUGUAAUAUAUACCUGUAUGGAAACACGCUGUCAGUUUGGUGAUUUAUUUCCAUGAGAGUAAUUGUAAUUCAGUCACAAUUCUGUUGGAUUAAAUGACAAAUUUUCUAUC